AUGUCACCUGAGCACUCUCGCAAGAUGGCCGCCCGGUUGUUUUGAUGAAUAAUCCUGUGUGAAGCGGUGUCAGCUCCCGGUGUCCAGGCCUCCUCCUCCUCAGUGUCCCCGGUCCCCGUGUCGUUCCUCUCCAGCGUCAUAGUGUCUGCGGCGGAGCGAAAGCUGUCUUCUCCUCAUCCGCCAUUAUUCUCUCCAGACUCUUCCGUAGACAAUGCAGCCCUGAAGCCGGAGGCCCCCGGCUCUUCCUCCCCCUCCUCCUGUCCCUCACAAGGACCCCAGGCUUCUGUCACCAUUAAAAGGAAGAUCAUGGAGGAGCUGAGCGCUGACGAGAUAAGACGUAGGCGCCUGGCUCGGCUUGCAGGUGGGCCUUCUUCGCAACCCACGACUCCACUCACUUCUCCACAAAGGGAGAACCCACCUGGACCACCAGUAGCAGGACCUGCCCCCAGUGCAUCCCACCAGCUUGGCCUCAAUGUUCAGGGUAUAACCCCAGCUACCUCACCCAUAGGAGCAUCAGGGGUUGCCCAUCGAAGUCAGAGCAGUGAAGGCGUCAGUUCGCUCAGCAGUUCCCCAUCAAAUAGCCUCGAAACACAGUCCCAGUCCCUGUCUCGUUCUCAGAGCAUGGACAUUGACAGCGUUGCCUGUGAGAAAAGCAUGUCCCAGGUGGAUGUGGACUCAGGGAUUGAGAACAUGGAGGUGGACGAGAGCGAUCGCAGGGAGAAGAGAAGCCUUACUGAUAAGGAAUCCUCUUCAGGUUCUGAGGUGUCUGAAGAACAGUCACUGCAGCUGGUCUGCAAAAUCUUCAGAGUAUCUUGGAAAGACAGAGACAGAGAUGUCGUUUUCCUGAGGUCUCUGUCUGCUCAGUUCAGGCAAAACCCUAAAGAAGUGUAUUCCAAUUUCAAAGACCUAAUUGGGCAGAUUUUAAUGGAAGUCUUGAUGAUGUCCACACAGUCUAAAGACGACAACCCGUUUGCCAGCUUAACUGCAACAUCGCAGCCAAUCGCAACAACGCGAGCCCCAGAGAAGACUUUAUUGCUCAACUCUGGGUCAACACCAGGCACAAGCCCUAUGUUCUGUAACUCUGGAUCCUUAGGUGCCAGCCCCUUAUCAAGUCUUUAUGAUGCUAGUCCCAUUCAUACUGUUGCUGUGCAUACCCCCCAUUCUUCCUUGCCCCCUGUUAUUAGUCCCCAGCCGUGCAGCACUGGGCAGUCUUUGCCUGUACCGUCAAGCCCAUCACUAGGCCAUGCAUCCUCCCCACGUUAUCGACCUUACACUGUCGCCCAUUCGGGACCCCUGCCCAUUCCUUCCAGUCCAAGGACUUCCAGCCUCUCCCCUGUCUUACACCUGUCCAGCAGUCCUCGAGCAGUGCCCGCCAGCUCACCUAGAUGGAGGUCUUUGCGAUCUCCCAGAAUGUCCCCAAGGCAAAACCGGAUGCCUCCUAGUGUUUAUGACAACCCUUUGUCCCUCCUCUUCAAUGAGGCUGAGAACAGUAGUGACGAGGAGAGCGAUGAAGAGGAUUUCUCUAGUGUGCAUUUUGGGUCCAGUGGUACCAGUAGUACAGAGUCCUGUGGCGAUCACUUCACAAUAGAAACUUGCAAAGAAACAGAGAUGCUCAACUACCUCAUUGAGUGCUUUGAUAGAGUGGGAAUAGAGGAGAGGAAAGCACCAAAGUUGUGCAGUCAGCCAGAUGUGAGCCAGCUCCUGAGCAACGUUCGGUCGCAGUGUAUUUGCCAUGCUGCUCUGGUGUUACAGGGAGCUCUCACCCAGCCAAGGUUUGUACAGCAGCAGUCUCUCCUGGUGCCAUAUAUGCUCUGUAGGAACUUGCCAUAUGGCUUCAUCCAAGAACUUGUAAGGACGACAUACCAGGACGAGGAGGUGUUCAAACAGAUCUUCAUUCCUGUUCUGCAAGGAUUGGCUCUGGCAGCUAAAGAUUGUUCUUUGGAUAGUGACAACUUCAAAUACCCACUGAUGGCUUUAGGUGAACUGUGUGAGAUUAAGUUUGGAAAGACUCACCCUGUCUGCUGCUUGAUGGCCUCCCUGCCCCUUUGGUUACCCAAGCCUCUGAGCCCUGCAACUGGCCGAGAGCUGCAGCGCCUGUCUUAUCUUGGUUCUUUCUUCAGCCUUUCUGUCUUUGCCGAGGAUGAUAAUAAAGUUGUUGAGAAAUACUUCUCUGGUCCUACGAUUACUCUAGAAAACACCCGAGUCGUCAGCCAGUCUCUUCAGCAUUACUUGGAGUCAGCACGGCAAGAGUUGUUCAAGAUUUUACACAGCGUGUUGCUGAAUGGCGAGACCCGAGAAUCUGCUCUGAAUUACAUGGCUGCUAUAGUUAAUCGCAAUAUGAAAAAGGCUCAGAUGCAGACAGAUGACAGGCUGGUGUCUACUGAUGGAUUCAUGCUGAAUUUCCUGUGGGUGCUACAGCAGCUCAGCACCAAGAUUAAGCUGGAGACUGUGGACCCUAUGUAUAUUUUCCAUUCAAAAUGUCGUAUAUCACUGCCCAGUGAUGAGACCCGUAUCAAAGCCUCAAUGGAGGAAGUUACCAGCUGGAUGACAGAACUAAGUCAAGAUGCUUCUUCAUUUUCGGAGCCCAAGUUUCCUACAGAGUGCUUCUUUCUGACCUUGCACGCUCAUCAUCUCGCCAUCCUGCCUAGCUGCCGCCGUUAUAUACGUCGAUUAAGGGCCAUCCGGGAACUGAACAGGACGGUGGAAGAGCUGAAGAACAAUGAGAGUCAGUGGAAAGAUUCACCGCUUGCUGCUAGACACAGAGAGAUGCUGAAACGUUGCAAAACCCAGCUGAAGAAACUGGUACGUUGUAAGGCCUGUGCCGACGCUGGUUUACUGGAUGAAAACUUUCUCAGAAGAUGCCUCAGUUUCUAUGGAAUGGUUAUACAGCUUUUGUUACAUAUGGUGGAUCCUGCUUACCCAAGUAUAACGCUGCCUUUAAGCCCAGACAUUCCCAAGAUAUUUGCUGCACUGCCUGAGUUUUAUGUAGAAGAUGUAGCCGAAUUUUUAUUUUUUAUUGUGCAAUAUGCUCCUCAGGUUCUUUUUGAGUCCUCUACACAGGAUGUUGCAACGUUCCUGGUGGUGCUGCUAUGCAACCAGAAUUAUAUCAGAAACCCGUACCUUGUGGCCAAGCUGGUGGAGGUUAUGUUUGUAACUAAUCCAGCUAUCCAGCAUCGGACUCAGAAAUUUUUCGAGAUGAUCGAAGGUCACCCUUUGUCAACCAAACUCCUUGUGCCCUCCCUCAUGAAGUUUUACACAGAUGUCGAACACACCGGCGCUACCAGCGAGUUUUACGAUAAGUUCACCAUACGCUACCACAUAAGCACCAUCUUUAAAAGCCUCUGGCAAAAUCCAGCUCAUCAUGGCACUUUUAUGGAAGAAUUCAACUCGGGGAAGCAGUUUGUACGCUACAUAAACAUGCUGAUUAAUGACACCACCUUCCUGCUGGAUGAGAGCUUGGAGUCCCUGAAGCGAAUCCAUGAAAUGCAAGAAGAGAUGAGGAACAAGGAACACUGGGAUCAGCUUCCUCGGGAUCAGCAGCAAAGCCGUCAGUCCCAGCUGACUCAAGACGAACGUGUCUCCCGUUCCUAUCUUGCUUUAGCCACUGAGACGGUUGACAUGUUCCACAUUCUUACCAAACAAGUGCAGAAACCUUUCUUGAGACCUGAGCUUGGACCCCGGUUAGCUGCCAUGCUAAAUUUUAACUUGCAGCAGUUAUGCGGACCGAAGUGUCGAGACCUGAAGGUAGAAAACCCAGAGAAGUACGGAUUUGAACCAAAGAAACUUCUGGAUCAGCUCACGGAUAUCUACCUGCAUUUAGACUGUGCUCGAUUUGCAAAGGCAAUAGCAGAUGACCAGAGAUCCUACAGCAAAGAUCUGUUUGAAGAGGUGAUAUCCAAAAUGAAAAAGGCUGGAAUUAAAUCUACAAUUGCAAUUGAGAAGUUCAAGCUGUUGGCGGAGAAGGUGGAGGAGAUUGUGGCACGGAAUGCUCGGGCGGAAAUCGAUUAUAGUGAUGCUCCAGAUGAGUUCAGAGAUCCACUGAUGGAUACUUUGAUGUCUGAGCCGGUGAGACUGCCAUCUGGAACCAUCAUGGACAGGUCAAUCAUUCUGAGACACCUCCUUAAUUCAUCUACAGAUCCCUUCAAUAGACAAACACUCACAGAAAACAUGCUUGAACCAGUGCCAGAACUUAAGGAGAGAAUCCAUGCAUGGAUGAGAGAUAAACACAGUGCUGACCAAUGACGUGGUGAAGAAUUGCAGAGAGGUUUGUCAUUUUUGGAGGCAGCCACAGCAGAUGAAUCCCUGUACAUAUAUUUAAAUAAUAUCACAUCCAUCGACAAGCUCACCCAAUGAGGAAUAAACAAAAGGGGAUUAUAUUUUCUUAAAAAAGGCCAGCAAUUACAGCCCAGAAGGCGGAGACCUUCAGUUCAUCCGUGGUGGAGAGCAGGUGGACAGAAAACAUCAUGGUUUCACUACAAGCUGGCAACAAGCUGACUGCAACAAUGUAUCAUUUUUUUUUUUUGUAUUUUUUUUAUAUUUUUUUUUUUGUUUCUGCUGCUACAACACCCUUCCCUUUAUUUUCCCCUUCUCUCUCUGUUCUCCACUGUGAAAGUCUACAGGAAAUAUCUGAAAAUCCAUAUUGGGCUAAGAUCUGUCUUGGCACUCACAUUGUUAACUCCGCCUCCUCCUCCAAGAUGCGCUAUGAUGGUUGUGGGACCCAAAGCAAAGUCUGAUUUGUGAAGCGCUUUUUUAUGAUUCUUAUCUGUAUAAUAUAUGAUAUAUAUUACCAAAUAUAUAUUGAUAUAUUAUGAGUAUAUUUGUUUUAAGCUUGGCGACUGCAAAUGUUUUAUCACAGGCUUUAGAUUCUCAAUUUCUUCCUUUCUUUAUGCUUUCAUGUGCAGCAAAAAAAAGUUUUUUUUUGAAAGAGCAGCAAUUUUUUUUAAUUUUAUUUUUUAUUGCUUGCUUUCUUGAGAUUGAGGGGAGGUAACAGUAUGACAUGUGACACCCCAACCUUGCUUUGCACCCUCUCUUCCUAUGUGAGAGGAUAAUGCCCUGUUUGCGAAAUCUCAGUUUGCACCUAUUGUUUAGCCUUACCAAAGUGAUUGGUGCCAGGGGGACUGGCGAUGUGCAAAGGUUUCCUUUUUCUUUUUUUUUUUUUUUUUUUUUUUUUAAUGAAACCUUUUUGUAUUACUGCCCUCCACAGCAUACUUGAAUUCCUGUACUCUCUUCAAGUGGAAAGGCAGGGAACUUUUAAAGUUAAACUUGUAAAAAGAAAAAAAUUGUGUUUCCCCUAUUUUCAGUUUUCCUUCAGAAACGACUCCCUCCUUCCCACUGAGUUAUGGAUUCUGGGAAAAACAAAACAAAAAAAAAUAAAAAAAAUAAAUGAUAAUAUUGCA